GUCCCCAACAUGGAAUUCCCGCUGCACACAGGUUUUGCGCUCACGAAGAGCACCCACAGUGAUACAUACCCCUUCAUUGAUCCUCUGAAACCCUCUGGCACCCACAAAUCUCAUUCCGUCUUCAUCACCGGUGCUUCCAAAGGCAUAGGUCGCAGGAUCGCCAUCUCGUUUGCUCAAUCUGGGGCCUCGAAGAUAGUAAUUGGCGCUCGUUCAUCUCUCGACUCUCUCGAAUCCGAUAUUCUCGAUGCUGCUUCGAAGGCAGGACAUCCUGCCCCACAAAUCGUGAAGAUACAGCUCGACAUUCUCGACAAGGAGAGCGUGAAGCGUGCUGCACAUGAAGUGGGGAACGCUCUUGGUGAAGGAGGAUUGGAUAUCUUGGUGAAUAAUGCUGGGUGGAUGGAGGAGUACAAGCUGAUCGGGGAGACCGAUGUAGACGAGUGGUGGUAUACUUGGGAAGUCAAUAUCAGGGGGUUAUUCCUAGUGACCAACAUGUUCUUGCCGUUAGUACUGAAGGGCAAGGAAAAGACCAUCGUGAACUUGACAUCGAUUGGGGCUCAUCUGACGAUGCCAGGGGGAUCAUCGUAUCAGUCGAGCAAGCUUGCCGUUCUGCGCUUGACGGAGUUCAUGAAUGUCGAUCAUGGUCAUGAAGGGCUUCUGGCGUACGCAAUCCACCCCGGAGGCGUUGCCACCGACAUGGGACUCCGCAUGCCGUCCUUCACGCACGCUCUCCUGACCGAAACGCCUGAACUGGCUGGGGAUACGAUCGCUUUUCUGACCAGAGAGAGGAGAGAGUGGCUGGCCGGUCGUUACAUCAGUUCUAUCUGGGAUAUGGAAGAGCUACUUGCGAAAAAACAGGAGAUUGUGAGCGGAGACAAGCUGAAGGUCCGCAUGGUGGUGUAACUGCACCGACCCUCCAAUACCAAGUGCAUGGAUAUAUUCAUUUGCUCUGCGCAAUUAUACCCCAGCCACUGUUUACUCACACCUCCUUCCUACCUUUACUAUCUGACAAACAAGACCGGCGACCUGAGGGCGAUGCACGCCACAUGUACAAAUGCGCCAUCGUGAGUGUCACAUUGACCUCGCUCGGACUUGUUGUUGCACGUUUC